AUGGGGAUGGAAGCGCUAUCGGUCGUGAGCGAGGACCAGUCAUUGUUCGAGUGUGCCUACGGAACACCACACCUGGCCAAGACGGACAUGACCGCGUCCUCCUCCGGCGACUAUGGACAGACAUCCAAGAUGAGCCCCCGCGUCCCUCAGCAGGACUGGCUGUCUCAACCUCCAGCCAGGGUCACCGUCAAGAUGGAGUGUAACCCUAACCAGGUGAACGGCUCAAGUGGCUUCGUCCCUCAGUACAACGCAAGCCCCCCGGAAAGGCCCAACCUCCACGGCCAAGUGCCCCUCCUACCUGCCGAUCCCACACUGUGGAGUACGGACCACGUCCGGCAGUGGCUGGAGUGGGCGGUGAAAGAGUAUGGCCUUCCGGACGUCGACAUCUUGCUGUUCCAGAACAUCGACGGGAAGGAGCUGUGCAAGAUGACCAAGGACGACUUCCAGAGGCUCACCCCGAGCUACAACGCUGACAUCCUUCUCUCCCACCUGCACUACCUCAGAGAGACUCCUCUUCCACAUUUGACUUCAGAUGAUGUUGAUAAAGCCUUACAAAACUCUCCACGGUUAAUGCAUGCUAGAAACACAGGGGGUGCAGCUUUUAUUUUCCCAAAUACUUCAGUAUAUCCUGAGGCCACGCAAAGAAUUACAACUAGGCCAGAUUUACCUUAUGACCCACCCAGGAGAUCAGCCUGGACCAGUCACGGCCACCCCACCCCCCAGUCGAAAGCUGCUCAGCCAUCUCCUUCCGCAGUGCCCAAAACUGAAGACCAGCGUCCACAGUUAGAUCCUUAUCAGAUUCUCGGACCAACAAGUAGCCGCCUUGCAAAUCCAGGGAGUGGGCAGAUUCAGCUGUGGCAGUUCCUCCUGGAGCUGCUGUCGGACAGCUCGAACUCCAACUGCAUCACCUGGGAAGGCACCAACGGGGAGUUCAAGAUGACGGACCCCGAUGAGGUGGCCCGGCGCUGGGGAGAACGGAAAAGCAAACCCAAUAUGAACUACGACAAACUCAGCCGCGCCCUCCGCUACUACUAUGACAAAAAUAUCAUGACCAAAGUCCACGGGAAGCGCUACGCCUACAAGUUUGACUUCCACGGGAUCGCCCAGGCCCUCCAGCCCCACCCUCCAGAAUCAUCUCUGUACAAGUACCCCUCAGACCUCCCUUACAUGGGCUCCUAUCACGCCCACCCACAGAAGAUGAACUUUGUGGCCCCCCACCCUCCCGCCCUACCCGUGACCUCGUCCAGUUUCUUCGCCGCCCCAAACCCCUACUGGAAUUCGCCAACCGGAGGUAUAUACCCCAACACCAGGCUUCCGGGCAGCCACAUGCCUUCUCAUCUGGGCACUUACUACUAA